AAUGAUGAUAUUUUAUAUGUAAUUGUUAAAUAUAUAACACUAGUCAGUAUGCCGGACCUUCAUGCACAGAAUAUUUCAUUCGUGAACUUCAAACUGAGUGGUUUCCAUGAUUUAGGAGAAUGGAGGCCUUUUCUGUUCAUUCCUUAUUUCCUCAUGUUUUUACUGUCUACCUCUUCAAAUUCUAUUCUCAUAUAUUUGACUAUAACUCAGAAAGCUCUGCACUCUCCUAUGUGUAUAAUGAUCGGUCUGAUGGCUGUUGUAGACCUGAGCCUGCCAAUAUUUUUUGUACCAAACAUGCUACUCAGCUUCUUACUUAACUGGAAUGAAAUUUCACUUGCUGGCUGUUUAAUACAGAUGUUUUGCCUUCUAUAUGUGGGUUCAUUUCAGUCUACUUUACUGGUAUGGAUGGCUGUGGAUCGGUUCUUUGCUAUAUGCAGGCCUCUUUAUUAUCACAAGUAUAUGCAAAUGCCCAACUUUCUGAAGUACAUUAUUGUGCCGGUAAUCAGAAAUAUAAUCCUAAUUGUUACGAUUGUGUCUUUGGCUGGAAGACUAUCAUUCUGUGGAACAAAUGAGAUGAAUCACUGUUUUUGUGAACAUAUGGCAGUGGUCCAGCUGGCAUGUGGAGACAUUUCUGUUAACAAUAUAGUAGGACUUGUGACAGUCUUUUUAAUACCAACUGUAGAUUUUAUUCUAUUUUCUUUAUCUUAUUUUGUAAUUCUUGCGUCUGUGCUACAAUCUGGGAAGUCUCACUUAAAAGCUAUUAACACUUGUAUCACACAUAUAAUUGUUAUGGCAGUUACUUUAACUUUUGCUUUGAUUGCCUUCUUGUCUUACAGAAUAAGAAACAAUUUAUCCUCCAGUGCUCGAGUCUUUCUGAGCACAAUGUACUUGCUUUUUCCAAGCUGUUUCAACCCGAUUAUUUAUGGAGUGAGAACAAAAGAAAUAAGAGAACAGUUUUUGAAAUUUAUAAAACAUGUGUUACCAAAAUGCAUUAAUAAUGAAGCUUGAUGCUUUUGAUCUUUAUAUUUAUCCAUUUCACAAUUGCUCUUUGGGUGUAACUGGAUCGUGACUAAUUCAUUAUUCAGUUCUUCUUGUUUUGAUUUUAAUUUUAAAAUCAAUAGUCAUUUUUUUGUUUUACAUUUUGCAUUUAACUAUUUUUAUAUAUUUAACUAUAUUUCUAUAUAUAUCUAUUAUAUUUUAAGUACCACAUUUUAUGUAAAUGACAAUAAAAUCUCCUUGAAUCCUUAAAAUCUUUGAACCAAUCUGGAUAUGUUGAGGAGCUCACGUGUGCACUGUGCAGGUCAGUGCUGCGUCAUUAUAACUUUUUUAUGAUCACA